UUUCCCUUCGACUCUUCACUCUACGUCCUACCCACCUUUUGACCCACCCUUUGUGCUCAUAUAUUUGCAUCCGCUCCUUUGUGCAAUCGACUAGUGUGCCAGCUGUCAAUCUACACUCUGCCAUACCUAUCAACACCCUUCUUCUUCAAGAUGCACUGCAUUAGCAAGUUCUUCUCCACUCAUCUGCUCAACAACCGAGCCGGCCAUCAAGCUGAGGCUGGUGAAGCAGCCAACUUGGACGGGCAGCGAGGCGCCGAAAGGUUCUUCCCGCUCGACGCAGCCCUCGCGUACGUUCCCACCAUGGGCAGGUUCGACCUCCGCACCGAGGUGCUUCGAGCAGCCGACGAAGCGGCAUGGGCUGCUGAUCUUCUUCAGCCAGCCCCCGGACGACGGAGCCCUGAGCACGAAACCGAGGCCCGCUUCGAGACAGAAGAGCACAUCUCUCACGAGCGCCCCAGCACCUCUGCUCGAAGCGUCGCGCCUUGCCCUUGUUCGCACCGACGGGUCCAAGCAAGCCCUGACAGUCGCCUCGUACCCAUCCUAGAGGAUGAGGAAGAGUCCUACGACGAACACUACAAAUUCAAGCGAAACUCCCAUGACUCAGAAUACCAUGCUCACGCUGGGAACCACUGGCGAAACGCCCCCACCCGACGAGCCUUUCGCAAGCGAGAUUCCCCGCCCUCUGCCUCGCCCGAGGAAGCCUGGUGGACCGUAGAGGACUUCGCCACUCCUCUUGUAGCUCAGAGGUCCUCGGAGUUCAGGAUUCGCAAGCACAAUUUCAACGAGGUCUUCCCUGGCAAGCAGCAGCCAAUCAAGAAGCUUCGACUCGACACUACCUUCGUCCUGGACGUCAUCCCCGAAGUUGUCAAGAAAGUGCGCUUCGAGCUGGACACCGUCGUGAUCCCAGACGUCAAGAUCGUGCACUUUGACUCUGAGGUGACCGAGUGGCCCCUCUACACGUACGAGUCUGAUGAAGACGAAAUUCAAGUCGAGGAGGAGAUGUGCGAAUGCAAAGCCUGCCGCAGACUGACAUUCGGUGAAUAUGAAAGCGAUUCAGACGAAGCAGAUGUGAUCUUUAGGAGGCCUGGCGAUUUCUGGCUGUGCUCUGAGCCCAACGACUAGCUGCUUCCAGAAGUAUUCCUUCACUGUCAACAUCUCUGCACUCAUCCACUCACUGCUCGAUUCCCCCUCUUGUCGUACACCCUGCAUCCAUCCAUCCAAUCUGUCGUUUCUUUUGCUGCUCCAUGUCUGUACUUGUAUCAUAGUCUCACCCAAAAUUGUGCCCUCUUUGAAUUCUGAAUAGACAAUCUCUACCAAUUCUGUAAUGCGAGGCGAGCCAGAGAACGCUCACAGAUCGCACUAGUGCAACGACAGGCGUGAGAGUACCUUGAGGGUCAAGAGCUCGGGCACCGGAGGAAGUCGAGCCCGACGUUCCUCGAAGCCUCUGGAGCCCCUCGUUUUCUGUAUGAGCGGCAAGGAAGUGCACCCUUUUCCCCGCUUUGCCUGGACCCUCCAAUUACCCCUGGGCUCACCCGGAUCCUGCUGUCAGGCACCGUCGGUCCGAAAGAUACGAGGUGGCCAAUGUGUGCCU